AGCGGAGCUCGGCGGUGCGGUCGGUUUCACCGCAGUGUUCCCCGGCCGGGUGUCUCGCCGCAGCCUCGGGAGAGGAGACGGACCUCUCCUCUUCCUGUCAGAGACAUGUCUGCGGCAGCUCAGCCACCCACCGAAGGGGCAGAAGGGGCUGCCCCAGGUGGGGGUCCCCCUGGCCCUCCUCCUAAUUUGACCAGUAACAGACGACUACAGCAGACCCAGGCACAAGUGGAGGAGGUGGUGGACAUCAUGCGUGUAAAUGUGGACAAGGUCCUGGAGAGGGACCAGAAGCUGUCAGAGCUGGAUGACAGAGCCGACGCUUUGCAGGCGGGCGCAUCACAAUUUGAGAGCAGCGCUGCCAAGCUAAAGAGGAAGUAUUGGUGGAAGAACUGCAAGAUGAUGAUCAUGCUGGGAGCCAUCUGUGCCAUCAUCGUGGUAGUUAUUGUAAUCCACCAGCAGGAGGCGGCUGGGCCAGGCUCGCUUUCCACGCAGCAGCAUUUCGUUCCGCAAAACCAUCCUUCCUCUCCCUUCGCCCUGUUCCCACAUUCCCUUCGUCCUGCCCCAGGGCGGGACGGAAGAGCUGGACGAAGGCAGUCUCUGUACCCUCCUAACGGCCAGAGGCCCCUCGAAGGCCUCCACCCUCCUCUGGGCUCCCCUUGCCUAAUGCAGGGGGUCACCGCUGGAGAAGAACCACCACUGUCCUCGAUGUGUCCCAAGCCUGGAGCAAAUCCGCCCUCUUGGCCCGCCCCGUCACAGGAAUCACUUCUGCGUUUCUGUGCCAUCUGUCCCAGGUGUAGUUGGCUUUGCUCUUCUGGGGACGGUAGCCCUUCUACUCUCUUUCUCACCCUGCCCUGUACCCCCCUCUUCUGUGUCUUUGCCGCCCCCCUUCCCUCCCACCACCCAUGUGCAUGAGCAAAUAUGCAACUAAGCCUGGGGCUUGGCAGUCACGCGAGGCCGGGUCUCCUCGGCCCCUCUUGGGUUUGCCGUGGGACGAUGUGGCGUCCCCACUGUGUCUGUCAUCACCUCUCUGUCUUUUUUUCUAACCCCAAUCUCCUACUUGUACAGAAAUAACAGCUGUACUUCCACCAAAGGCAUGUGGCGUAUUUACCAAUUUCCUGUAUUCUGAACAAAGGCAAAACAACAAUACAACUUCCUACCACUAAA